UCCACCACCACCACCAACAUCGCACAGUCAGUCACACACCCACACACCGGCGAGCGCGGCGGAGGCUGGGCGAUGGCGAUGGCGAUGGCGAUGGCGAUGGAGGCGGCGCCGGCGCCGGUGCCGCUGCCGCUGGUGCUGCGGUUCCGGAACGGCGAGGACCGCUUCGCGCUCACCGACCAGCCGAGGCAACUCCCCUUGGGGUACGCGAUCGACGCCCCCUCCAUUCGCUCCGCCCGCACCUUCGGCCUCCUCGACGAGUACGCGCGGGUCCACGCGCAGCACGCGCGGGGCGGCCCCGGCGCCGUGCCCGACAUCGCCGCCUGGGACCGCGCCUUCAUGGAGCGGGAGGUCACCGACACCGACGAGCUCCACGACCUCUUCAUGGCUGCGUCGACGCUGGAAAUGGACGGGCUGAGUGUACUGUGUGCACAGAAGACGGCGGACGUCGUCAAGAAGCGCACCGUGGAGGAGGUCAAGGCGCUGCUCGGCAUCGCCGACGUCGGCAUGACGCCGGAGGAGGAGCUCAAGCUCCAGCACGACAACGAUGCCAUCCUCUGCCUCCGUUAACUACCCGAUCUGCCGAUCAUCAUCAUCAUCAUCGCUACUUUUGUCGCUGAAGCAUUUUGAUUCCAUCUCGCCUACUAUAUAUGAUGUACUUUGAGGUGGUAUUGGGUUCUCUACGUCUAGAUACUAGAUAUACAGUUUUAGCUUGAUGCACACUGGUAGUAGCAAUUCUGAGAGAAGUUUGGAGUAAUUCUGAGAGAAGUUUUGCCAGGUGCUCCUGUGAACAGUACUAAUUGAGAGAAACUAUUAUAGUGUAUCAUAUUACCAUCGAAGAACAUGAGUUAAUUGGUCAUAAAAUCAUUGUGCAUUUCGAAUACUAGCAAGGUUAUAUA